AGCAGCUGCCGGCACGGAUAAGACCGCGGCCGGAGCGCGGCCGCAGCGAUGCCUGCGCGCAGCCGCCACCGCCCCGGCCUGCACUCCGGCUCGCUUACCCGGGCUCCGCCCCCACCCCUUAAGGCGUCUCUCUCCCGGGAGGCCCGGAGGGCACCGGACUCUGAUAGCUGCUCGGACGCCGACUCGGAGGCGGGUCCGGGGAGCCCGAUUCGGAGCAAGGAGCAUCUUGGCCAUUCUGCGAAGACUCUUCACACUGCGCAGUUCCUCACAGUUGAAGAAGAAAUGGCUGGUCCUAAUCAACUCUGCAUUCGCCGCUGGACUACCAAGCAUGUAGCUGUUUGGCUGAAGGAUGAAGGCUUUUUUGAGUAUGUGGAUGUUUUAUGCAACAAGCACCGACUUGAUGGAAUCACAUUGCUUACAUUGACUGAAUAUGAUCUCCGAUCUCCUCCUCUGGAAAUCAAAGUCUUAGGGGACAUUAAAAGGUUAAUGCUCUCAGUCCGAAAAUUGCAGAAAAUACAUAUUGAUGUUUUAGAAGAGAUGGGAUACAACAGUGACAGUCCCAUGAGUCCCAUGACUCCAUUAAUCAGUGCUCUGCAGAGUGCAGAAUGGCUCUGUAAUGGGGAGCCUUCACAUGACUGUGAUGGACCCAUCACUGAUUUGAAUUCUGAUCAGUACCAGUAUGUGAAUGGUAAAAACAAACACUCUAUUCGAAGAUUGGACCCAGAGUAUUGGAAGACCAUACUGAGUUGUAUAUAUGUUUUCAUAGUAUUUGGAUUUACAUCUUUCAUAAUGGUUAUUGUCCAUGAGCGAGUGCCUGACAUGCAGACCUAUCCACCACUCCCAGAUAUAUUCUUGGACAGCGUUCCUAGAAUUCCAUGGGCCUUUGCCAUGACAGAAGUAUGUGGCAUGAUUCUGUGCUAUAUUUGGCUCCUGGUUCUUCUUCUUCACAAGCACAGGUCCAUACUUCUGCGAAGGCUCUGUAGUCUGAUGGGCACUGUCUUCUUGCUUCGCUGCUUCACCAUGUUUGUGACCUCCCUGUCCGUGCCCGGACAGCACCUUCAGUGCACUGGAAAGGUAUAUGGCAGUGUAUGGGAGAAGUUACACCGGGCCUUUGCCAUUUGGAGUGGCUUUGGGAUGACCCUGACUGGCGUCCACACUUGUGGAGACUACAUGUUCAGUGGCCACACGGUCGUCCUGACCAUGCUGAAUUUCUUUGUCACUGAGUAUACACCAAGAAGCUGGAAUUUCUUGCACACUUUAUCCUGGGUUCUCAACCUCUUUGGAAUCUUCUUCAUUUUGGCUGCCCAUGAACAUUAUUCCAUUGAUGUGUUUAUUGCCUUUUAUAUCACAACGAGACUCUUUUUGUACUACCAUACUCUAGCCAAUACCAGAGCAUAUCAGCAGAGUAGGAGAGCAAGAAUUUGGUUUCCCAUGUUUUCUUUUUUUGAGUGCAAUGUUAAUGGUACAGUCCCAAAUGAAUAUUGUUGGCCAUUUUCAAAACCAGCAAUAAUGAAAAGACUAAUUGGAUGAAGACUAUGUUUGUAAUGGGCUCAUGACUAAAGAUGCAGUCAUUGUUGAAAGUAACUUUGUUUUCUCCCUCCAGGUUGUUCCUGAAUGUCUUGCUUUUUUCCCAAUAUGUUGACAGAGUUCUCUGUCCUGAGCAAGGCUGUGACCAUAGAAAGCAAACAAGAACAAUCAAGAGUCCUUACCUGUCUGUCGAACAGAAGUUUAAGUAGAUGUUUUCUGCCCCUUCUCUUUAGGCAGACUUAAUAUUAUGAUUGAAGUCAGGCUCUUAGCUUUACCUUUUGAGUAUUUGCCUGUUGAACUUAAGCUAAUCAACUUAAGCAGUUUGCUGGUUGAAAGAUGUAAAAAGGAAAAAAAAAAUUCCAGUAGGACUCUAGGCAAGAAAUACUGAGAAUACUAAUAAUUUUUUAGGCUCCUUAUUUUCUUCAAAGGAAAAACCCCUACCCAAUGAGCAGUACUUGUUCUUUGAACUAAUCUCCGUGUCUUUCUAAAAAAACGCAACUCUGGAAAAUGAUCCAUUUUACUGACAAAUUAAUUUUUGCCUUCUGAACUGACCGUAAGAAAAGUAUACUGACUAUACCAGGAUCCUUGAAACGAGAAUGAAAGAGGCCACAUAUAAGAUGACAAAGUACAACGCUGGCAUUUUUUCACCAAAAUUAACAAAAGAUUCGGUUCUAUUUUGUUCUAAGGGUUUAGUAUGAUCAUCAGUAAGUAUUCAUGAGGGAAAAAAUGUCUGAAUCCAUAAAAAUAAAAUUGGCUUAAUUUUAGUGACAAAAGUACCUGGAAUAACUUUGUGCUGUGACUGUUAGCCGGAUAAAUGACAGCCCAGUUUUAUGCUUUUUAAUGAUGUUAUUUAAUGAGCAAAAUGAGAGUUUUUAUCAGAUGUUAGAUAAAGUUCUUAUGUCCUUAAAUGGGGAUGUUUGCAUGCAAAUUUUUCUCUUUCUGAAAUUUAUAAUAGGUUGCAGGCAUAAUAUAACUAUUUGGUUUUUGAAAUUUCUCAUCUUGACCAUCAGAACUAAGCAGCCUCAGACAUAUUUGGAUAUGAAAAGGUUUUGUUGUUUUUUAUUUUUAAAUACAAUUGUGUACAUACAUUCUUUCUAUUUAGCUUUAAUUUGGCAGUCAGGAGUAAUAUAACUUAGUUGCUGUUUACAACACUAGAAAUUUAGUACCUUAAGUAAUUUGACCUCUGUGAUAAGCUUUGUCACUUUAACUUUUAAUGAUUUUGUACAGUAGUUCUGAUAGUAGGAUGGUUCUAGAAUUAGAAGUUGAACCCCAACUCAUGAGCUUAGCCACUUGGAAUAUUAAUUGUGUAGUUUUGCAUUCAAUUUUAAAACAAGGAGUUAGAAAAGGUGCUGGCAUAUUAACAUGCUGUUGAUACAGUGAAAUAUUUUAUUUUUGCACUUUGAGUCAUAUUCCCACCCCCUAUAAGUUACAGGGGAGCCUGAGUGGAUUGGGCAGGAAACAAAUAUAAUGCAAGCAAGUUUCAGCUAGUGCUGAGUGACCCCAGUUUGUGUCUUCUCUGAAUAUUGUUUUUUUAUUUUUCACUUGAGAAAAUGUCACGAGAUAAUUUAGUUUUAUUAUGCUUUUAAAUCUCAUACUUUAGAAUCUGAUAGUACCUUGAACUGUUGAUCCUGUUACAUUCUGGGGAUGAAAAUGCCAACAUUUCAUCCAAGGGAAGUGCAUAAUCAUGAAGGUUGAAGGAUGUUUCCUAUGCAGUUAGAGUAGUUUGACCCUUGAAUUCAAAAGAUACCUAACAUCCACUUUUUCCAAAUAACAAAAGAAGCCUGAAUUUAUCUAGGAAGGGACUGAUGUUGGCUUUUGGGAAAAUGUUUGGAAAAAAUCUGUGGCACCAUUAAUUCAAGAAUGUUGAAUAACUACUUAAUGGUAAAUUUCCCUAACAGCAGUCUUCUUUCCUCCAUAUGGAUUUUAUUCUAGAACAAAACAGGAAAAAAAAAAAAUUACAACUAACUUUGCAGAGCUAUUGAUUCUGAGAGUGCCUAACAGCAGACUGCAAUGAGGAUUAUAAAAUAACUUCCCAACCUCCCUUUUACCAUAUCCGUUUUGAGGGAAAGGUAAGCUAGAUUUAUAAUUUAUUGUUAUAACUGUUACAAGGCAGUGUUUACAUAGAUUAAUCAUCUCCAGGUCCCUUCCUUGGAAAGCUUUGAGACAACAUUCUUUUCCGUUUCUUUUUUUAAUACAAAACAUAUUUUUGUUACUUACUGUUUUGUCCAGAAAUUUCCAGAUUUUGUCUUUGUAUCUUUUUUCUUGUAACAAUUUUGUUAAAACCAUAGUGAAAGUAGAAUUUACAUUUUGACUGUGACUGUGGCUAGGUAGAGAAGCUGCAUGCCUUAAAUCUACAGAAUUUUUACCUUGUAUGCAGUUUCAAACAUGUGAGAGGUUUACUUCAUUAAACACUGAGACUUCAGUAUAGAGGGAACCAAGGCAAUUUUUUGUUCAGGGAUGCAAACUGGAGGUUAUACUGAAAGUCUUCCAUGCAAUUUCUGUCUUCUUAGGGGCAGCAUUACCUUUUUUUCUUUUUCUUAAAUUACUUGCAGGACAGUGUUACUGAAGGUUAAUUGAAGUUUGUAGAGAAUAUCAGGUUUAGAAGAAGGCACGUUUGCUAUUAUCACCACAUAAUUUGGGAGAAACUCUUUUUGGCUAUGCUGCAGAAUUUUCAACAUGCCUAUCUUCUCUAUAGUCCUCUGUAGCCAGAAUUGCUUGGGUUAAAAUACACCUUCCAUAUGCUAGGUCUGUUUAUUAGUAUCACUGUAAAUCAGAACAUAGUGAACUCAGCCACAGAGCCAAUCAGUUAAAGGAGUGUGGACUGUUCACAGGAAGAACUCCAUGCUAGAAACCUGCUGAUAAUGUAGCUCUGGCACUGCAGGUGGCAUUCUUCCCUACCCUGUACCUGCUUAAAAUUCUUACUUAAAAUAAUAAGGACAGAGGUGCCAAAUCCUUUUAUAGCUAAUAUGAGGCCCUGUGUUUUGAGGACACCUGUUUGGAAAGUGUUAUGUAUAUAUUCAAAGUGAUAUAACACUAACCUGCUUUGUUUGUAUUCAGUAGAAAAGCAAUUUCAUUGUCAGUUUCAUAGCAAACUUUUUUUAAAGGAUUCUUGUUCCAUAAUGUUCUAGAACAUUAACCAUAUUCUUGUUUUAAAUUAUCUCUUACUAAAAGUAAUCAUAGUAACAAUCAUUUGCCAGUUCUUUGCAGGCAUUUGAGAGAGGAUAACUCUUUUUUAGAAUAGUCCCAUGGCUUUCUUAACCAGUAUUAGUUUCAUUUAGAGAGUUUCAGAGCCAACAAAGCAUGUCAACUUUAAUACCACGUUUACUUGGCUGUUAACAGUUUGCAUUUGUGAAAUGUUUAAUCUGAAUUACCCCGUACUGCUGUAGAGGAAAUUGUUAGUAACAUCAAAAGUCAGACUGUCGCUACAAGUGACCAAUGAGAAAGGAAAGAGGUUGAGGGUUGUUUUCCUUCUCUUUUAGUAGCGUUGAAUGACUGAAAUUACUAUGGAAAUAGGUUUUGGUGCCCCUCUGGCCUAUUCCUCACCCCCAGCAAAGACCACCAAUUUCAAGUAACUAAAAUAUGACCUAUUAUUUUGCAUUAAGUUGAAUUAAAACAUUUGUGCAAUCUAUAAGCCAUAAUUCAGCUUCCCCCAAAGUUAAUUUUUUUAGACUAUGUUCUACCUUAUAUUAGCCAAGGACUUUUUCUCUGUGUACUCCAUGUUUAUGCAUAAAGAAGUUUUGUACCUAAUAUGGAAGGAGAGGGAAUACUAUGUUAAUUUUGAUGUUAUUUCAGAUCUGUUUCAGUCUGAACUACUGGGUUGUCUGAACUCAUGAGGCAUUGUUACCAGUUAGUAAUACCAUCUUUAAAAUGCUCAAUUUUAAUAAUUUUUUAUUCAGAGAAUCUAUGACUUAUUAGGGCAAUUGAAGUAUUUCUGAUAUGAAACAAAAGAAGUGGAGACUGAUACUUAAUGGGGGGAGCAAAAUUAGCUUGGGCUAAAAUGGGCAUGUUUUGUUCUAUGAAUUCUACCUAAAUGUCACCCAGUGUACAGAGAAACUAGUAUUACUUGAAGAUGUGAAAGUUCCUGUGGUAGCCAUACCUUGAAGCACAGUAUUGUAUAUAAGUAAAUAUCUCAAUUCUAAAUUAAAUCCAGAUUUAACUAAUAUAUAUUAUUUUAUAUCUUUGUUGUAUUAAAAUGUUUAAAAACACUAAAAAUAAAACAUUUGAAAAUUG